CUCUCCCCCCUGCUUCCCAUAACACAAUGCGGGCAGACCGUGAGCUACAGCGCAGGCUGGGGUGCUCGGCUGGGUGCAGAGCGGAUUGUAUUUUAAUUAAAAAAUAAACAUUUUAUAAACAAACCGGGGCUAAAAUAUGAAACACAAAAUACCGGGACUGCGUUUGGUGUGCUUUAAACUAGGUUAAGUGAUAUAUUUUGGACUUUACAACUGUGUCGUUUUAACAUUAAAUACCCAAAGAAGCGAAGCUUAGGUGACAUCGACAAUAAUAUAUAAUAGUGCUCGGGCUGGUAAUAAUCGAGAAGGCUCAUUUUUUAUAUACAAAAAAGCACAAAAUCGUCAGGAGUAAAGUAAAUACAACUGUACGUUUAGCUCAACAUUUUAAACUAAAUUUAGAGAAACAAACCCGUAGUAAUGUUCGUUGCUUAGUUUAAUAUAAUUGUUUUAACGUUAAGUACCGUGCCAAAAAUUCUCCUUUCUGUAGUUCAUAAGUGUUUUUAGCGUUGGGAUGCUUGGUAGAGCUUCUUUGGCAGGUUUUAACUCCUGAGGUCACUACUAUAGUAAGAUACGAUACGGGUUAACUUUAUUUUUUCGAUUUUUUCUGUACAAGUCGGUCAGAGUUACAGUGGUUUUCAUUGCAAUACACACUGGAUGUGGAUUGCUGUGCUCUCUCUCUUUUUUUUUUAAAGAUAAUUCAUUAAUUUUGAGGGGUGUCUGGCACGACCUGAAACGAGACUGUAUUAUUGUUGACCGAUUCUGAAGUCAGAGACGCUGAAUAAUUUAUUGAGGAAAGAUGAGCUCCACGGAACAGCCGGCUGACAGUGCCACCAGCACCGGGAGCACCAAUACCAGCAAUCCGAAUGACGAUGGCAUGUCCUGGUGGUAUAGGUGGCUGUGCAAGAUUGCCGGAGUCCUAGGAGGAAUCUCUUGUGCAAUUUCAGGAAUCUGGAACUGCGUCACAUUUAAUCCAUUAAACAUAGCAGCUGGAGUAUGGAUGGUGUUAAAUGCUUUUGUUCUGUUCUUGUGUGAGGUUCCGUUUUGCUGUCAGUUUAUUGAGUUUGCAAAUGCAGUGGCUGCUCGAGCUGACAAACUCCGUCCCUGGCAGAAAGCGUUCUUCUACUGUGGGAUGGCAAUAUUUCCAGUUUUUCUGAGCAUCUCGAUUACCACACUGUUUGGAAAUGCUAUUGCCUUUGCAACAGGGGUACUGUAUGGACUGGCAUCCCUAGGGAAAAAGGGGGAGGGUGUGGGCUAUGCACGCAUGCAGCACCAAAAACCGGGUGACGAGGAGAAACUAACGGGAACUACAGACGGAGUAGCGCAAUGACAUCCCGCCCUGUCUCUAAACUGCCUGAACUCUAACCCUGUACUCGGAAAGAGGAACAGCUUCACUGUCUACGUUUACAAUAGAAUUCUGGGAUUAAAUGCAAAAAUGUAUUGCAGAGUUAGGGUUAGUUUUCUUUUUUGGGGGUCUCUUCUAGUUCUGUGUUUCAGUACACAGGGUCUCCCUAAAACACCAUGUUUUACUGGCAGGUUUAGUUUGCAAGGAUUUCAAAUAAACAUGGUUUUGUAAUCUUUUUUUUAAAGAUUUACAAACUGUCUUAAUUUAAAGGCGUUUUACACCUCAGGGAAAGGUGCUCCCCAUCUUACAGAAAGAAUUAUUGGAGAAAAUGCAAUAAAAAGGAUUUGUAUAUUCUCAUCAAGAAAUCCUAACUUGUUCGCUGACGAGGUGCAUACUGCAAAUGACUGCAAUAUUUGGUGUAAUUUAAUAAUGUCAAUGAUGCAUCCAGAUCUACGUAAAUUAGUUACUAUAUGGGAAUAAAGUAUCCCUAAAAAGCAGUACCUGCCACAAAGAAACACUAUAUAUUAGCAAUUUAUUCAUAGCAGGACCCAAAAGUGGUUAAAGUAAUGUUUACCAAGCUAUAAAGUAUAUGCAUCUUACACACUGCAUGCUAUAAUAGAUAUUUAAAAUCUCAUUUUCAGCAUUGACGGUUCUCCUCUGCAGCUGGGAGAGUAUUGAAACAGACAUAUUGUUAUAUUGAAAGACCACUGUAUGUUGUACUGAAAAUGCAAUACAGAUAAAGAAAAAAAAAUAUUAAAAAAAUUCACACAGUUUGGAUCAGGAUUCUGGGGUGCAUUAGUGACAUCUAUGAUUUAAUUUCUAGCAGCAUAAUAAGUGUGCUUGAAAUCCCUAUUCUGAAUAUAUAGAUAACCUAACUGACUAAAGAAUUGCAUUAGGAGUGUCUUACCACAGUGUCCCACUGUAAACUAUGAUAUUCCACAAGUUCUAAAUUAGGACAAAUAGGCUUUUAGUGACUGGAAUUGAAUUAUCUAGACUAGAUCUCUCUUUGCUGCAUUAUAAUACCUCUGUGUACCUUUACACACUAAAGCUGUGAGAUUUAAUAAGGUAGAUCAUGCUACAGGUUUUCAGUAAAAACCCCAAAGGUUUUUUGUUUGUUUGUUUGUUUUGUUUGUUUGUUUUUAUAAACUUUUUAGGUGAAACCCUUUUUACUGAACUUACCCCAAAAAAAUAAAUGAAAAAGGGACGAUCCGUGCAGCUUCAUUGCUAGAGGAAAGAACAGCUUUCUCUUCUUUUAAACCAGGAGUAAUGUGUUUUCUUUUGCAUUCCUGAUUUGUUUAAGUAGCUUGCUCAGUAAUUAAUGCUUAUUCUCUGUAUGUUAUGGUAGAAGAAGGUCGUUUUGUUUUAUUUACCUUGGAUGUUGUUGUUUUGUGCAGCACGGAUGGUGCCCCUUUUACAGCAGUACAGAGAUGCACAAGUCUGAAGAUGAGAUUGAAUUUCAUUGCUCUCAAGGUGUAUUGCAGAGCUCAGUAAAUGAUUGGUCCUAGUCUCCAGAUAAGAUGGGAACACAAACAGCCAGCAGCCGGUCCCACCCCAAUCACAGUACUAAAAGAGCCGUCCAGCAUUUUUAAAAACCCCAUGGAAGACAUUCAUUCAGCAGUAAGCAUUGCAGAUAUUCUAUUGUGAUGUGCACUGUUGGGUAGACACAAAUUGCAUUGUUUCAAAUCCUGAUCAUUUUAUACUGCACUAUCAUCACAAAGACUUUGUUUGUGGGUGCCUAAAUGUGCCUUUUUGAGGUGUGUUUUAAUAUUUGGCUUCUCAAAUUUAGGGCCUGCCAUAUUAGACUUUGUUUUUGUCAACAGAGCAAGCACAUUUUCUGAAGACUAUUUCUCUGAAUUAUUAUAGUCAUGGAUCAAAGACUGCUUUUCUGCUUGAUCAAUAAUCAAUAACAAAUCAUCUAUAUGUCAUUCAUGGUAUGUGAAACAUGUAAAGCAAAGCAAAUCAUGCCUUAGUAAUGUAGACGGUAGCACUGAUAAAUGAAUUAUACCAGUUUAGCAUUCAGCUCACAAACUCCUGUAAGAGAAGAGAUGGGGCUCCACCAGCAAUACAAAGCUACCAGCAAUUCUCAACUCACUGAGCAGUGUGCAAAUGAGUUCUAUUCAGUGCUGCAGUGAGUAUACUGUCUGUGCAAUACACCACCGGGGUGACUGGAGAUACAAACACUACCUUUAUAUCAAUUAAAGAUUACUCAGGUAAAUAUCUUUAUCUGGGGACUUGGCCACCUUUUCAUUCACACCUGUUUCUACUGUAAAUGGUGCACACUAUUCCAGUGCGAUGGGGGUUCAGGGGGUCGUUUUGGUUUUUGUCUUUCCCUUGUUUGUGAUCCUGAAAAGGAGUUUGUUUGCUUGUAGAUUUUAAAUUGUGUUUCCCCUGUAUAGAGAUAAUAAUGAAUAAACUUAAUUUAGCCUUUUUAUGGAAA